AGAAAGCACCAAGGGGAGAGAGUAACCGAGGACGAUGCAGAUCUUCGUCAAGACGCCGGCGGGGAAGACCACCACCCUGGAGGUCGAGAGCAGCUACACCGUCGACGAUGUCAAGUCCGAGAUCCAGGACAAGGAAGGAAUCUCGCCGGAGCAGCAGCGUCUCGUCUACGCCGGGAAGCAGCUGCCGGACGGGUGCACCCUGGCCGACUACGGUGUCCAGAAGGAGUCCACGAUCCACCUCGUGCUGCGCCUUGGCGGAGGCUGGUGCUUCUACAAAUACGCCCCCGGCCUGAGAGUCCUCGCGGAAAAGUACAACGCCAACAAGAUGAUCUGCUGCAAGUGCUAUGCUCGGCUACCUCUUAGAGCUACAAACUGCCGCAAGAAGAAGUGUGGCCACAGCAACCAGAUACAUGAGAAUGAAAAGCUCAUGAGCCAGCUAACAGAAAAACUAGAACAAGAUCUUAAGAAAGAAUAUGACAGAUGA